CUCCUUCUCCUCGCCAGUGAAGGAGAGACACAGGGGAACGAACAGCAGGGACGGGGAAGUGAAACAGUUUGGAGACAGAAAGUAAAAGAGAAAAAACAAGAAACUUAAAGUUUUUUCAUCACUCUGGACCGUCAAAACCUACAAGAACAGACACGACACAGGGUGAAAUACAGAGAAACAGGGAUGAUUGCGGCUGUUCUGCUUGAUUAAUGCAACACGUAGAUUCUCUUUGACAGCUAUUAAAGCGCAGAUUGUUUGUGAGAGCGAGAGAUUGACCGAGAGAGAGAGAGAGAAGAGGGUAACUGCUGACGCCAGACAAACAGAAGGCCUGAGUGUGUGUGUGACUGUGUGUGAGUGAAACAACAUACACACAUCAGCUACACUGCCACUCGGACACACAUUCAUUCACCUGAAAAGACAGACUCCAAUCCUGAUUGGAUGCUUAUUUCAGAAUGACAGCAGAAGACUCCGCCUCUGCCGUUGCCAUGAGUAACCCUAGCCCUCCCCCCUCUUCUAAAGCCUCCACUGGGCAUCCACAGCAUCACUGCUCUGUCCCCGAAGGAGUGGCCGGGGCCCCAAAUGAAGCUGCGCUCGUGGCCUUGAUGGAAGGGUCAGGCUACGGAAUGGUCCAAGAAAACGGACAGCGCAAAUACGGCCCACCACCUGGCUGGCAAGGUCCCUCGCCCCCACGUGGCUGUGAAAUCUUUGUAGGUAAAAUCCCACGUGACGUUUACGAAGACGAGCUGGUGCCAGUAUUUGAGACUGUUGGACGGAUCUACGAGAUGCGCCUCAUGAUGGACUUUGAUGGGAAGAACCGUGGAUACGCAUUCGUCAUGUACACACAGAAGCACGAGGCCAAGCGAGCGGUUCGGGAUCUCAAUAACUUCGAAAUUCGUCCAGGAAGGUUGCUAGGUGUGUGCUGUAGUGUAGACAACUGCCGCCUCUUCAUUGGCGGGAUCCCAAAAACCAAGAAACGUGAGGAGAUCCUGGAGGAAGUUUCCAAGGUGACAGAGGGGGUGCUGGAUGUGAUCGUGUACGCGAGUGCUGCGGAUAAGAUGAAGAAUCGUGGCUUUGCCUUUGUAGAGUAUGAGUCUCACCGUGCUGCUGCUAUGGCCAGAAGAAAGCUCAUGCCAGGACGAAUUCAGCUGUGGGGUCACCAGAUUGCAGUUGACUGGGCCGAACCUGAGAUUGACGUUGACGAGGACGUCAUGGAAACCGUGAAAAUUCUGUAUGUGCGGAACCUGAUGAUAGAGACCAGUGAGGAGACUCUACGCCAAACCUUUGGCCAGUACAACCCUGGCUGUGUGGAACGUGUCAAAAAAAUCCGAGACUACGCCUUUGUUCACUUCGCCAGUCGAGAAGAUGCUGUGGUUGCGAUGGACAACCUGAACGGCACUGAGAUUGAAGGUUCCCGUAUCGAGGUGACCCUUGCCAAGCCUGUGGAUAAGGAGCAGUACACUCGCUAUCAGAAAGCAUCGAAGGGAACAGCGCCUGCGACAACUCCCGACAACACCCAACAGAGUUUUGUGUAUCAGUGUGAUCCAUAUACACUCGCCUAUUACGGCUAUCCAUACAGCACACUCAUUGGACCCAACCGAGACUACUUCAUCAAAGCAGGUACUGUAAGAGGUCGUGGUCGUGCUGGGGCCGGUAAUAGGGGCCCAGGGCCCCGCGGCUCAUACCUUGGUGGCUAUUCAGCUGGCCGAGGCAUAUACAGCCGCUACCAUGAAGGAAAACCCAAAUUGAUGGACAAACCUUACGAGAUCAUGCCCAAUCUAGAGCUGACUGCUGUGAACCAAGUGGGCAUGAAGCCUGGCACAAUGGCUCUUCCAGCACUUGGUGCCCAGUACCCUACUGUGUUUUCUGCUAAUCCAGCAAAUAAGUUAAUGGAGGAAGGAAAGAUGCACGCAGUGGAGCACCUGAUAAACCCUUUGGCCCUCCAGCAUGACCCCACAGCUGCCUCGGCCAGUGCAGCGGUCAUACCUGCAGUCUCCACACCACCUCCUUUCCAGGGGCGACCUAUAACUCCCAUCUAUGCUAUGGCUCAUAAUGUCCAGAGGAUCCCGGCUACCGCCGCCAGUCUGUACGGGGCUGGGUACAUGCCUUUCGCCACCCACGCCAACACUGCCACGCUGGCAGCGCUGCAGAAGAACGCUGCGAUGGCUGCCGCUACCUAUGGAGGAUACGCUGGGUACAUGCCUCAGGCCUUCCCGGCCACUGCCACCUUCCAGAUGCCCAUCCAUGAUAUAUACCAGACCUACUGAGAUACCCACAGCAUCAAUCACAACGACUUACAAUUAUACAUCACAGGCCAUCUUUACAGUUAACCGAUUAACUGAACCACGCAGAGUGAAACUGACAUACUCACAACAAAACUAACACCUUAUGACUCUCCCUGGAAGCCUUUAGAUUUGUGUACAAGUUAAUGCUGGCAGCAAGGAUGUAGAUUUCUGCUAAAUUUACUCACAGCUUCAUCAGACCCUCUUGCCCACCUUUAUUAAUCAAGACGUACAACCUAGACCAAAACCACUUUUAUAUGCUACUGAUUAGCUAACUAGGAUAGGUAGAUAUUUGUGUUGUAUGUUGUGGACUCAAUCCCCUGCAAUGUGACCAGAACCUUGCCCACUUUCCCUUUAGACCAAUAGAAAUCAGUCUGCCAGUUCAACUUUUUAAAGGACUUGACCACACUUGCUGAUUUCCGAAGCCAUCACACGACUGAAUGAAUGACAACAUGACCGUUUGCAUAUUUCAUCAUUCUGCAAAGGUGUUGUUUAUUAGUUAAUCCCCAGUACUGGGCGGACUGACUCCGAGUGAUAUGUUCAUAUGAAGAAAUUCAAAACCGAGCAUUUAAGACUUGCAGAAGCACACCUACUGACAUAUCACUUGACAUAUCUCCCCCACACACUCCAGCUGAGAAUCGUGAGCCAGAGCGGUUAUGUCAUCGCACAAUCCUAAUACCACUCCUCUGCGUUCACGGCCACAAGAAUACCGAAGGAGCAUUGUAGUAUUAGUGUAACUAAUGCCUCGCUAUGCUUUAGUGCAUUUACUUUUGUUUUGUGAAGAAAACGAAAUAGACAAAAAGAACUGUAAAUGAACAAAAAAUACUGCUGAGCAGAAACUUCAACAACCACAGAAGUAGAAGAUUUAAAGUGUUUCUUGAAAAUGCUGUAUUUUGAGUAAGUGCGAAAUGUUUUGAAGAUGUCGGAAUCUUCCGUCCACUGGGUUUUCUGCACGCGAGUCCUGCGUUCAUUUUUCCUCCUUUACGGUUUAUUGCUAAUGCAUUUUUAUAUUUCGAUUAUUUUAAGUUUGUACUAUUUAGUUGGCUUGAAGACUUUUCAGAUGUUGUUUUUAUUGUCUUGAGGUUAUUUUUUUCUUUUCUUAACUGGAAGAUAGACAAACUCUGUUUUUCUUCUCAGAGGCUAAAUAAGUUUGUGUUCAAGAAAAGGCAAACUGGAAAAAGAAAAAAAAGUCGGUUGAAUCUAUGCUGGAUAACAUUUGUUCUCUUUUAAAGGAACAGAUCACCCGAAAAUUCUGUCAUCAUUUAUUCACCUUCAUCUCAUUCCAACACUGUAUGACUUAACAUAAGAACAUAAGAGAAGACAUUUUGAGAAAUACAGUAUUCAUGUCUAAAACUGUAGAGUGUGAGCAAUGCAUUAUGGAACCAUGAAUUAAUGGAUGUAGAUUGAAUGCAGUGCAAGUCACUUUGGACAAAAGCGUCUGCCAGUGUUUUUUUUUUUUUUUUUCAUACAAUGAAAGUGGGAACCAAUUACAUUUUGGUACAGGUUUUGGAAAGACAUGAGGGUGAGUAAAUGAUUUGCAAUGAUUUUCAGAAUUUUCAUUUUUGUUUAAACUAAUGCCUUUAAAAUGUUUUAAAAGCACAAACUGGACUGACAAAAAAAGUUGCUGGGUUGAGGAUACAGCGCCAUUUAUGAUGACUUAAGGUCCAUUCACACCAAGAACAAUAUCUAUAUUGGCGCCCACAACAACGCACAAUAUCGUUGUGUUUAUUCGCAGCCCGUUCUCAUCCCAAGGCGUCAUCUAAUUGACGCUUUUGAACAUGCGUCAACAUCUGACGCACACGGCACCCUUUACCAUCAAUAUGAGACGCAGAUAUAUAUAUAGGUCAGAAGGCGCCCCCUAGUGGUCUAACCCUAAUCCUACCCCAGACCUAAACCUACCCAUAACAAAAGCGUCAUCUAACUGACGCUAAAGGGUGCCAUGUGUGUCGGAUGUUGACACAUGGUCAAAAGCUUAAUGGUGUGUUCACACCGAACGCGAAUAGAGCGUCAAAUAUGCGUCUAGUUAGACGCUUGAACAUUCGCUCGUUCAAAUUUUUCAACUUGCGCGGAAGACCAAUUUGCGUCAUUCGCAACGCCCGGCGCGAAUGAUGCGUCUAUUCGCGUCUUUACAUUGACUUUCUAUGUAAUCUACUCGCGCAAAUAAUUAAAUUCGCGUUCGGUGUGAACACACCAUAAGUUAGAUGACGCCCUAGGUAUGUGCGCGGUUAUGUCGUCUGCCACUUUAAGUGCUCAAGCUCUUUAAAAAGGAUGGAUUCUGAUUGGCUAUCAGCUCGGAAAAAAAAACCUUCCUUUGUGUUGUGAAGUGGACUGCUAUUCUUUUAAAUUUCGAACAAUUUUUAAAUCUCCAUCUAUUUUGAAAUCGGUAUAGUUAUCGUCGUUCGUGUGAACGGGUCUUUAGUUCUGCUUACUUGCGCUGGUUGUGUUUUAGUUAAUAGUUGAUGACCAACUGUGAGCAGCCCUUAGUUUUUCAGAACACUACUGUGAUUCCCAGCAUCCAGUCCUGUGCAUCAUUGGGAAAACACAGGCUCCCUUGUAUCCGCUUUUGUGCCAUUAAUACAAACUGCACCUCAAGUACUGUUCCAUUUACCGCUGAACCAAAUGUGUUGAUGUUGUUUAUCAACGGUCUUGAGUUGCAGGACAAAAUCAGGUUACUGGCAUGAUUCUCUCAUUCUCCCGACCAUUAUUUCCUCCUAUAGAUGCGUGUAGACACAGCUGACAGGCCAUGGAGAUUUAUCAUUUGUUUUCUUUAUUAGUUUUUUAACCCUGCAUUUUUGUAGAUCACACUCCAUAUUGUGUAGCUACUGUAGUACGGCAUGUGCUAGUAAAGAUGACUGUUCUGAGGUGCACUUAAACAUUUUUUGGGGGUUUAGAAGUUCUUGUGUAUGUACUGUAUGUGCUUUAUAAUAUGUGUUUGAGCAGGCACUUUUGUUUUUUAGGGGUAUUGCGAUACUCCUAGAACUGGAAUAAACUGGACCAAACUGAAACCAGGGAGCUCAGAGAACCUGUUAAUAUCCUCAUUGCCUUUUCAAUGACUGCUGUAUGUAAUAUCAAUGUCCUCUUGAAGAAUGUUGUAUGCCACCACUAUGCCUUCUGUUAGGACUGCGUAUGUCACGUGCCUUUAUUCAGACUGCUGUCUGUCAAGUGACCUCUUAAACACUGUUUGUAAUACCGCAGUGCCUCUUCUCUCCUAGUUUUCUUUCAGAAAGUCAAGUUUUUCUCUUUUUUUUGUUUUGUACUGUUGUGUCUAUGGGGGCUCUGAGUGUUAGAGUGCUGCUUUAUGUUGUGUUAUGCUUUCAUGUUCUAACAGAGAUGAUGUUUUAUUAAGUAUAGCCUGUUUUUCUUUUUAGACGGGGAUAAUUUCACAAUAUACAACCAAACAACGAACGACAAUCGAACGCAGUUCACAUCACCUAAGCUAGAGACACAUUUUUUGCACAGUGCUGCCAUCAUCGAGGACAAUGUCUCUCGGUUAUGGCAUGUCUGUGUGUUUUUGAGAAAAGUGAACUAUCCCCAGUAGUCUGUUAUCUAAUCUUUUAUUAUGAGCGAAGCAGUCAGGAUAUUUAAUAUAUACAGUACAUUGUUUUUGUGUAUGAAGUAAGAGGAAAUGCUAUAAUAUAUUUUAAGAAGACUUUUCCAUGUCAUCUUCUGUGCUUUAGAGAGUUUAACAACAACAAAAACUUUUUCCUUUUUGCCAAAGUGUUCAAUGCAACUAAACUAAUGUGAAUGUGUGCAUGUGUGGAUAUAUAAAAGUGGCAAUAUGGUGUCAAUACUGGCCCAAAUUGAUCAUACAUUCAUUGGCAAAACAUGCUUUCUUUUGCGACCAUUUCAUAAAACACUACAUGUGUAGCGUUUUUUUUUUCUUUUCCUUUUUUUUAGACUUGUUUUUUUGUUACUAAAAAACAAAUGAACAAGACAAGGUGACCUCGGCUGAGGACAUUUAGAUAAUGAAUGCUAUUGCCAAAAUAUUCUUCUUCCUUUUUUUAAGAUCUACUAGAGCUGUUUUCUUUCUUGCAUUGUUUGUUUAAGGCUUUUUGGCAUUGUUGUAUUUAUAGAGGUAGUUUAAUAAAGCAUUUUCAAAAAGAGGA